CCCUUCUUCUCCCGUGUUUGUGGUUUCGAAGUCUUCCAAAGGGGUGUUGGCACUCCUUUAUUAACUUUGACUGCCUGUCACUGAUCAACACGCUGCCAGCCACGCGGGAUACCAUGAAGUUCACCACUCUAAUAACGCUUAGUGCAUCCGUGGUGACAGUAUGUGGCGCCGCAGUGAGCAGGGCUGCCAAUCCCAAAUCGACCGUCGCUCUCCCGCAAGGGGUGGUGGAGGGAUUCUGCGAUGAUUUUGGAAAUUCAGUAUUUCUGGGUAUUCCUUUCGCAGAUACGACAGGUGGCAAUAACAGAUGGAAAGCCCCUCAAGAUGUCCCGAAAGCCAAACCAGGCACCGUAUUCGACGCCUCGAAAUAUGGUCCGACAUGUCCCCAAGCCAUAAGCGGAACGUCUUUCUCUCAGCAAGACGAAGACUGCCUGAAUCUCAACAUCUGGGCGCCGGCAUCCGCUUCGCCUGCUAAUGUUCAACUCUUCACGAAACCCCGUGAUACAGCAGCGAAGAAUGACGCGGAGGGUCUGCCUGUAUUUGUUUACAUGUACGGCGGAGCAAUGGUGACGGGUUCCAGUAGCAACCCGCAAUUUCAGGGCAACAACUUCGCGCGUAAAGGUGUCAUAUUUGUCAGCUUCAACACGAGAGAGAGCAUUUAUGCGUACCCGAACUCUGCGGAGCUACAGAACACUGGGUCGUCGCAAAACUUUGGCAUCCUAGAUGUUGACAAAGCUCUACAGUGGGUUCGCGAUAACAUUGCGGCAUUUGGAGGUAACCCUAACCAUAUCGUCUUCGGUGGUCACUCCUCUGGUUCCGUGCAGGUAGAUCACUACCUCUGGAAUCACCCCGACACGUUCCUUGCAGGCGCCGUGCAGAUGGCGGCAAAUGCCAAAUCCGGACCCGCCGUCGCCCCUACCAACCAAGCCCUGGAUAUCGUCGCCGCCGAAGUUGGUUGCCCUAGCGCUGCAGCCGGUGGCCAACUAGACUGUUUGCGUAAGGUUGAUAUGUACGCAUUCCAAACUGAAAACUUCAACGCUACCUACAACACAUGGUUCACACCUGCCGUUGACGAAAUCACGCGAUUCCAGGAUUAUGAGUCGAGGUUUGCGGAGGGAAAGUAUGCUUCCCAUGUUCCACUGAUUACUGGAAACUCUGCCUAUGAAGGAUCCGUCUUCGGCCUCGUCUACGGCGGGGAGAACACGGAUUUCGAGAAAUGGAUCGACACCUUCGACGCAGAUGUCGCUGAGAUUCCCAAAGACGUACUCCUAUCCGCAUACAAUGCUUCAGACUACCCUUCCGUCUCGGCGAUGAGCGGCGCUCAAUACGGCGACGCUCGCUUUUUUUGCCCGGUUGAUUAUCUUCUCGAGCUUCGCAGCACCAAGCAAGAUACCUGGGCGUACCGGUUCUUCGGCGACUAUGCCAACGUAUGGGGACUCCCAUCUCAAGUGCAGGCUCCCACUCACGGCACCGAGAUCCCCUUCUUCCUGGGUGGCAACGAAUGCUUCCAGGAGAUCGACGGUGUAACAAGCGAGGAGCAAGCGUUGGCGGAUUUCCAAAACGAUUGGUUCGUUGAAUGGAUCAAGAAUCCUACACAGGGACCUGGAUGGGAGAAAGCGAAGCCUGGACAGAGUGUUGUGGGCUUAUUGGGUGUCAAAGGAAAUGAGCUUGCUAUUGAGGUUGGAGAAAAGGAAGAUUACAACGGGAGGUGUCGCGACGCGUAUAACCCGUAUCUCUCCAAGUAUCCCGUUCUGAAGGAUGUGGAGGCGUAG